AUGGCCGUGGCAACGCAGAUGCCGCCGUACGACAUGGGGUGCGACGGCGCUCCUCUACGCAAGGCCUUCAGCACUCCCAAGCCCAACCGUGUCUCCCGUUCACCGAGUCCCGUCCCCCAGAAGUCGGUGCUGCAGGCGCCAGCGCGGCCGGCUCAGCCACAGCAACCCGUGCUCUAUUCGCAAUCCUCCUUUGGUCGACAGCAGCAGCCGUCCCUCUACGUUCCGUUCCAGCAGUCUGGUGCCGCUGCGCCAUACAAAGUCGAUGGUAUGGCCGAGUUGACCUCUGCUGCCUCCGCUCCUCCCGCCGUGGCUCCCGGCGGCCUUCCGUCACCCAAGUCGGUGUUCGCUAAUUACCCGGGCUCGCCGCAGCGCGCCGGGGCCGAAAGCCUCUUCAAGCCGGUCGCACCCGCCGGAGAACUCGCCCGGCCCGGUUCUCCCGCCGCAACUGGCGAAGCCACAACCACACAGCUCAAGCCGUUUGGGGGAAACUCGCUGUUCAAAGCGGCGGAGGUGGGCAACAUGGUGAUGCAGCAGCAGACGGCGAUGCAGGUGGCGCAGAUGACGCAGCAGAUGAACCACAUGCUGGCGGAGAUCACCGCUCUCCGCUCAACCGUGGCGGAGCUGCAGGUGCAGGUGCAGUGCGCCAAGGCGCAGGCGCAGUCGCAGGCGGUGGCGCAGAGCGAGGCGCGCGGGGCGCUGAAGGAGAGCGCGCAGCAGGUGAAGGACGCGCUGCAGGAGGGGCUGCUGGACGUCAAGGAGCUCAUCUCCUUCAAGGACGCGCAGCAGAAGGCGCGGCUAUUCAACUCGUUCAGCACGCGCGACCGCGACCCCAUGGAGCGGGUGCCUAACGACGCCGGCGAGCUGCCGGUUAGGUUCCCGGCUACCCGGAAGGAACUGACGGCCAUGUCGCUGGACACGAUGCAGUACCUCUUCGAGUUCUACCAGCUUCCCAAAGAGCCGCAGGACACUCUCUACGACCGUCUGAUGAAGCACAUCGGCGUGCGUGUGUAG